AUGACGGUGAAAGGUGGCACAAGCCAAGCUUGCGCUGCGUGCAAGUACCAGAGAAGAAAGUGCAUCUCCAAUUGUCCCUUGGCCCCAUAUUUCCCUGCCAACCAGACCAAGAUGUUCCAGAACGCUCAUCGCCUCUUUGGCGUCCACAACAUCAUGCGCAUACUCAACCUCAUGACCACUCAAGAACAGAAGGACGAGGCCAUGAAAUCCAUCAUUUUUGAGUCCGAUAUGCGCGAGAUGUUCCCUGUCACCGGCUGCUUGGGGAUCAUCAAGUCUUAUCAUCUCCAGUAUAUGCAAGCCAUGGAAGAGCUUCAUUACGUUCACGCCCAACUUGCCAUGUGGCGAGAAGAGACCCAGCAGAUGGUCGAUCACAAUUACUCCCCUUCCUCAGAGUUGCAGCUUGGGGUGACGAAUCCAGCGCGCAACAAUGCCUUACUGGUGCCGCAGCAUCCGCAAAUAGCCAAUAAUUCGAUACCUCUCGAGGCCAAUCACCAGUUCGUCAUGAACAGUAGUACAAUUACUAGAGUUGAUAAUUAUAGCUUUUGCGUUGAAUCUAGCGAGGACGUGACCAAACCGUUGUGGAUUCAACACCUGAAUUUUAACAACAAUAAUGGCAUCGAAUCAGUCGCCAUUCAGUCCCAGUUGGAAAAUUCGCAGACGUUUCCCAUCCAGCAAGAAACGGAAGUCGAUUACGACGAGAUUCCAUUUGAUACGAUGGCGGAUGAUAGACAAUCUUACAUUGAAUCGAAGGAUGCAUGCGAGUCAUCAUGCUGUGAAUCGCCAUGGAAGGAUGCGGCCACGCAUGCGACAGAGCUUAUAUCGAAGAAUGAACUCAAGAACGCCGCUGCAUGUUUCAGCCUUACCAGUGCCAAAUAA